AUGUUCGCGGCCUCAAUUCGGGAUCUAGAACCCUGCUCGAACGUUGACAGGCAACCGUAUGGGGUGACAGUUCAUCAGGAUUUGAAAAGCGGAUUUCUGGAAGCUUUUUACGAAUUUGGGAAUCUUGUCUCAGGAAGUAAACUCAACCGGGACGUCUCUGUAAUUGGGUUGAUGUUGAGAUCGGUUCCUCGCAUGGAAAAUGUAUUCCUUGUCCUGAAGUUAUUAAUCGGCGCGAGGAGAUAUUGUGCCUCCAGGGCUGUUCGAAUAGGAGUCGUGACGGCGGAUUCAACCGUAAAAGAUAGUGAGUAUCGAAAAAACUCUGAUUCCAAUGAUGUAAUGAUCGAAUGA